CCUCUCCGCGCGUCCUAAUGAGCGACGCAACUUUUAUUAAUAACGAAGUUCUGUCACAUCCACCUCUGUUAUCCCGUAUGUUGGUGGAGUUGUAGUGAAGACUCCGUUUCGGAAACUCCGUAUCCCGCAAAAUCCCAACAGACUGCGCCACCAACAGAUAGUCUGACGAUGCUGCGCAUCGUAGUGUGGUUGACAUUAACUUUGACUUGCGCAAGAGCUGUAACCGAAAUCCAUGCUGAAUUGGAACCCGAAGGAGCGAUCGGCGAUGACAAAUUUACUCUAAACUGUCACAAAAAGUCUUAUACGUACUUGGUGACCCAAACGGACGAGAAUGGUAAACAAUGCAGGGACACAAUCUCGGUCAGCGCUUGUUGGGGUCGGUGCGAUUCGAAUGAGAUCUCGGAUUGGAGGUUCCCCUAUAAGAAGUCGAAUCACCCAGUUUGCGUUCACCACGGCCGUACGAAGAUGUUCGUCAAUCUCAGAUACUGCGAGGAAGGUGUGAAAGAAGGUACCGACUACUACGAAUAUUUAGAUGCAACCGAAUGUAAAUGUCAGGUUUGUUCGUCUACCGACACUAGUUGUGAAGGAUUGAGGUACCGGCCACAAAGAUCUCAUCCUUAUAAUUUGGGAUUUGUUUAAUGAAAAUUCAAAAUGUUUAGAAAAUGUUUUUUCUUUUUUUUAUUUCCUAAAUUUUUAUUUGUGGUUUUUUUACUAUUUAAAAAUAAACUUCGAAACUUGUCUAAUCUCUUCCAUUCUCCACCAACAUAGUUGGCUUUUCUUUAUGAAUUAUUUUACUUUUUCUCUAAGUAGUCUCUUUUCAUUUUUGUUCUCUAGGUGAUACCUUCAACCCGCGGCAGAAAGAGAGUAACGAACUACAGAUGUAUUUGUGUAUAUUGAAUUUAAAUCUCUUUAAAUUUCUUUUUUCUAUAUACAGGGUGGACCAGUUAUAUCCCCGCGGAGAUAUCGAAAAGAAACAAAAAAGAUUUAUUUUGUUCGUAAAUUCCCAUAACUAGAAAAUAAUUACAUUUGUACAGAGUGCUCAACGUUUUAGUAGCAUGAAAUUUUUAAUUGGAACACCCUCUAUAUUUAUACAUGUUUGCUACUUUAGUGGUCUUCACGCCAUUGCAAUGUUUUUGUAAAUAUGAUGCUGCGUUGCCAUGUUAUUUAAAUUUUUUCUAACUUUUCUGAAAAAUCAGUAUAUUCCAAAACUAUUCAAAAACGGAUUUAUUCUAAGAAUUUGAAAAAGAAAAUUUGACUGAAGUUAGUUGAGACUCGAACUUACCUCGUCAAUAUUUCAUAAUUAUUACAAUAUGUUUAUAACAUAAAAUUAUAUUUUUGGAAAUUUAAAUAUAAAAAACUUCGGUUUUUUUUAAGAAACGCUCUGUAUAUUAUACUAAAUCGUUUAGAAAUUCUUGAACGAAAAGUUCAUUUAGUAGAAAUAAAAACUAAUUUACAAAUUUUACAAAAAAAAUGCAUUGGAGAAAAGGCCAUUGAAAUGGCGAUCUAAAAAUAUAAAAAUAUACAGAGUGUUUAAAAUAAAAAUGCCAUCAUCAUUUUUGCUACUUGAACGUUGAACACUCUGUAUAAAUAAAACUAUUUUCCAGUUAUGGGGAAUUUCAAACAAAAUAAAUCGGUUUUUGUUUCAUUUCGAUAUCACAAUUAGUUUCAACGUUACACUCCGCGAGGAGAUAAUUGGCUCACCCUGUAUAUGAAUUUAUUGCUCGUGAGGAAAUAUAGUUUUAAUACUCUUUCUAAAUUAUCAUUUAAUUCCAGUUUUUUGCAUUCCUUUGUCACUUUUGUACUAUAUACUGAAAGUUUUUUAACUUAUUCUAUUUUUAUUAUUUCAUUCUAUUCUUCAAUUCUUCAAGUUUUACCUAGUACCAUUAUCGUCAUUCCGAGUACUCUAUUCCAGAUAUUUUCCAGUUAUACCUAUCGUAAACAUGUUAUUAUUUGAAGGCUGACCUUCUCACCUCUGAGUAAAUUUACAGUGAACUAUAACCUAAUCAGGAAGUAAAUACUUUUAACUGUAAGUUAAAGUGAAAAGACUAGCCCCAAGUACUCAAUAUUUUUUAUUUCUUAUUACGAAGGAUAUAUUUGUCAAGCAAUCGGAAAAUAGCUAGAUAUGUAUUGGAAGCAGAAAGUGAUAGGUUGUCGCCUGAGAUAGUAAGACAAUCUGGCGAAGGCGGCAACGACUUUUUUGCUGGAAUUGCACACGAGAUUUUUUCUACGAUCGCUAUUUUUUAAGAAAGGUAUAUUUAAAAAAAUCAUGAAAAAGGAGUUAGCAAUAAUAUAUAAAUAAUAAAACAAAGACAGCUUAAUUAAUAUUCUAACUACAUACCUACAAAUUAAUUUAUUUUAAAUAGCUAUUCAUAAUUCACGAAAAAAGUUGUUAAGAAUUGAAGCGACCAAAUGGCAUUAUACACUGCGCUCCCUUCUUGAUGAUAAGUAAACGUAGUACUCAUUUAAGAGCUAGUUGUGCACCAUAGUCCAAUGCCAAAACUUAUAACCUCACUUUCUAUGAAGUUACCGCCUUUUGCGGGCGUGGCUAACUUUUCAUUUAGGUGCCAAGUUGUGUACACACGUCAAAUCGAAAAUGUUUUAAAUUUUAAUAAAAUACAAAGAAUACAAAGAAGAUACUGGUUUUUUGAUAGCAUCAAACAUCUAGAAAACUUUUAUAUGGAGGAUGACGCUUAACUGGACAUAAUAUUACUUUCUCUUUCGGUUCACAUUACUUUACAUGUGAUUCCAGAUAGUAAUAACUGUAACAACUCAAUGCGAGAUUUAUCAUGAACCCAGUGUUUAACAAAUCUAAUGCAGAUUAACUACAGUGAGACUAUAAGAUCCGGUGGGUGUCUCACAUUUAGUGAGGAGAUGCUAAAAUCACUAACGUAAAGAAGAUACUGGUUUUUUAAUAGUUACUUACAUCCAACCAUUUGUGAAUUUGCAUUUUGUGGUUCUACUUUGAGUUUUCUUUUAAGGCUUGAAUCAAAAAGAAGACCUCUAAAGGGCCAUUGCUAAAGAAAAAUAUCCUUAAAAAUUUGGGCAGUGGAGGAGUACUGAUGGAGUUAUUCAAAAAGAGGUAGUAGCCUCAUGACUAAACAUCUUGGGUUCAGGACUAGAUACAUUUACAAAUCACGGCUUGUUUCCAUAUAUUCUUAAAUUGCCUUUUAAUGGCGCCACCCAAAGUCAACCCAGAGGGUAAGGCAGCAAAUACCAAUACAGCUUUUACUUGAUAAGAUAUUCAUCUUAAUUCUGAAACUAGAAGAAAUCUUCUCAGAUUAUAAUUUAAAAGUAACCUCAUGGAAAUAAUAGGGGAGGCUAAGUUGAGACCAAAGCAAAUCUGCUAAAGCUAUGCCUAAGUUAAUGGUACCACAAAUACUAUAAAAUUCAAAAGUUUCCGCGGACAAUAGAAGUACUCAUCUCCAAAGGUACACCAAGAGAAACCUUACAAAAAGCUCCAGAGACAAUAACCCAAACAGAUCCAUUCACACAACAGAGCUCGCCUUAAGUGAAAGCAAGUGUACUAGCAGGUGAUCUAAGUAAACAUUACAGACGAUCUGUUUGUAAGGUCUUAUACAUUAAAGGCUACUCCUUAUUUUUAAUUUCUUGUCAGUACAAAAUAUAAUAAAUAUCAAGAUCUCAAGCAAAAGUAUUUAAGAUUCUUAUUCAAUGAUAUUUUUAGCAAAAUUGUGAAGCCUGUGAUAUCCACUCUUAGAGAUAAUGGGUUGUUAUCUAUAGUAUAUACCUAGAUGAUUCUAUACUAUUGGAAAACUCUUUUGAAUACUGUAAACAAAAUACUAAAGAUACUUCAUCUAGUUUAUCAUUAGGGUUCAUAAUUAACAAGAAAAAGAGUGACUCUGUCCAUCCUGCAGCCUUAUUUUCUUAGCGUUUAAUUUUAAUUCGAUGAAAUAGGAUGAAGAUUUUAGGUUCGCUCAAUUCUUUCAAUUUCUGUUCACUUAAAGAUGUUUCUAGACUAACGACUGAGUGGGAACUAGUUAAUAAGGUAUGUUUUAUAUAAGUGUAUGGGAUAUGUCUCAUGGAAGAAAUACCCUUAUCCCUCCAUUAUUACAUUUACCUUAGAUGGGUCAGAUUAUAACUUUUAUGGUUUUUUGCCCUUUUUCUUUCAGUAAUUCAGAAAAUUAUAAAUAAUUUCUAGUUUUACUUUUUUGCCAUAAAUGAACAUGCCUCAGGCGUGGUAGUAGUACCCUUUUUGGACUACCAAACCUUGGACGGCACCUUUUUACUAGGGGUUUUGAGUUUAAAACUAAUUAAAUUCGACCCUGGUCCCUUACUUCUGUCGAGAGAACAUCCUUUGGCAAGAAACGUUUCCCUAGGCUCCAAUACUAUUGAGAUUAUGCUGUCAUCUAUUUCAACUCUACCCUAAAAGAAUAUAUGGUGGAGUUGAAACUUUGAUGGAAGUUUUGUAUGAGAGAGAAGACUCCUUCACAGGUGAUCUGUAAGAUCUUAAACUUCUGCAAGAACGGUUCCAGGAGGGUUUAACAUAUACGAGUCGUAUAAGAAAUUUAGGUCAGCACUUUUCUUAAUUUGGUCAUUGGACAUUGCUCUGGACUUUACGGUCCAAGGUAUGAUUUAACUUAGAGCCCAUUUACAGUACUAAAUACCUUCAGGGAUUGGUGUUUCAAUAAAGAAAUCCCUGUUAUAGAAUUAUCAGAAAAAUUAGUGAUAUUAUUAGCAUUAUUUACUGCACAUAGAAUGCAAACCUUUAGUCUUAAUGAAUUAGAGUAUAUUAUUUGUAGAACUGAUAGGGUCAAGUCAUCAGGUAGAAACAAAUUACAACAGUCUUAGACCUUAAAUCGUUGGGUAAAGUUCACAGGAGGCUGGACAAGUAAAUCUUCUGUUUUGUCGUUUAAUAACUGGCCUAUAAGGCAUGAUACCACCUCUUUUGCAGAAAUCAUUCUAAUUUAGUCUAGCGUGGAUUAAACUUUCGUUUGUUUUUGAUACACUUGUAAACAUUUUCAUAAAAGUUUAUUGAAAAUUGCCUCGUUUCUUGUAGUUGCAAGUGUCUUUAAACAUCUACGUUUACUUAUCACCUGAAGAAGGGAGCGCAGUAUAUAAUUAUAAGAUCAAACGAACUUACCUUGAGUGAAGUUCGAUCUUGAUUAUACACUGCAGUCCCUUCAAAGAUGGUCUUCUCAACCCAACCUUCAGAAUCUCAGAUCAUCGCAGUUACGACAGAGCUUUAAAAAAAAAGUGAGCCACUCCCGCAAAAGCAAGAACUACAUAGAAAGUGAGGUUAUAAGUUUUGGCUUUGGACUAUGAUGCACAACUAGCUCAUAAAUGAGUACUUCUUUUACUUAUCAUCUUCGAAGGAAGCGCAGUGUAUAAUCAAGAUCGAACCUAACUUAAGGUUGGUAAGUUCGUUUGAUCUUUUAAUUUCAUUUGAAUUAUUGGAUAUAAUGUGUUGCCUAUUUUGGGAUCUUUUUAAUAUUUCAAGUGAGAUGGUUUAAUUUGGGUUAACUUCUGCGUAUAUUAUGAAAAAAUGGAAGGCAUUAAUUUUAUUUACAUUUAUUUGCAGUAAGUAGGAUUCACACAUUAACAUGUUCACAUACUGUUUGUUUAGAAUUAUGUAUUGCAUAUAAAUUACACCAAUUUUGCAGUGCGAAAAAUUCUCCUUUGAAUAGUGAUCGUAGAAAAAAAAUUAACGUACUAUCUGUUUUGAAAUAAACAAAGUUUCUUUACAAUUAUACAAAUAGAACCACAUAAAUUUAUUUUUAUGGUAAAAAUAUGUAAUAAUCCAGUACUUGACUUAGGAACAUUUUACAUCAAAUUAUUUAUCAU